CAAAUAUCUUUUAUAGGUAAAUGUAUUAAUCUUAAAUGCUGAGUUCUAAGGCUGAUAUCGAUCAUGUGUUAAAUUAAUUAGCCAACAAAAGUGUGUUAAUAAGAGUAGAUUUCAAUGUGCCAAUAAAAGAAGGCAAAGUGGAGAAUGCUACCAGAAUCCAAGGAGCUAUUCCAACAAUCAUGAAGAUACUCGAAUUGAAUCCAUAGAAUGUCGCUUUGAUGUCGCACAUGGGUAGACCAGAUGGAAAGAGAUGUUCAAUAUGAAUACAUUUUAGAGUUGAAAACGCUUCACUCAAAAUAAUUGUACUUAAGUUGGAAGAGUUACUGGGCACUGAAGUUAAUUUCGUAAACGAUUGUGCAGGUUCAGAAGCCACUUAAGUUGCAAAUGCUAGAAAUGGAUAAAUCAAUUUAUUGGAAAAUCUUAGAUUCCAUGUCCAGGAGGACGGAAAAGGUGAUGAUGCAAUUGAAGCAGAGAUCAAAGCUGACAUGAGAGUAUUAAGAAAAUUAGAAAGGAAAUAUCUGCCUUGGGAGAUAUUUAUGUAAAUGAGAGCACACUCUUCUAUGGUUGGAAUCGAUCAUAAGUUAGAGUGGCUGGUUAUUUGAUGAAAAAAGAACUUGAUUAUUUUGCUAAAACUUUGGAAACACCUCAAAGACCAUUCCUUGUCAUUGCAAAAGGGAAUAUAGUUAAUGAUAAAAUCUAGUUACUUAAA